GCUUAUUUUCGCCGUUGCACUCAGUCAUCCCUUCAGACGCAUGUGGUUAUUAUGCGAAUGUUUUUGUAAGUUAAUUUAGUGCUUCUGUAAUUUAACACGUGUAAUCUGGUGCAGAAAUAUAUACACGCGUACUGUCAAAAUGAAGCUGUUAACACAUAACAUGUUAACGUCACACGUAAAAGGCGUAACUAAAGGAUACCCGCUUAUCAUUAAGGCUACAGAGGUGAAAGUGAAUGAAGUGGAGUUUAAUCCUCAAUUUGUUACCCGGAUGAUUCCAAAGCUGGAGUGGAGUGCCUUGAUCCAGGCAGCAGAAGGGGUGAGUUUGCAGCUUGGACAUUCGCAAGACCUCCCCAGCACGCUCAUACCAAACUAUGAAAACGAUGACGAUUUUUUGCGCAAAGUUCACAGAAUUCUGAUGGAGGUUGAGGUUAUAGAGGGAUGUUUACAGUGUCCUGAGUCUGGAAGAGAGUUCCCCAUCUCCAAAGGUGUUCCUAACAUGCUGCUCAAUGAAGAUGAGUGAAAGGUGAUGCUGAUACACUCUUCACCCUGUUAUCAAAUUCCUACAGCAUCCCAGACAAAAUGUCUAUACUGUGUACUGGACCUGAACGUUUGUUGGAUGCCAUUUUAUGUUAUUAAAAAGAUUACAAUAUUUGAUCACAAUCCACGAAUGUGUGGAUUCAACUAAUGUUUUUGUUUGUAUUAGUUUCUUAUCUGAAUUGCCAUUCUGUUGUGUACCUUAUUAAAUAUUAAAUACAUUUG